AUGAAUCCGCCGGGAUAUUCCGCCGCCGGCAGUCCCACCACCCCCAGAAAGAAAGAGAUCCAGCUACAAGGCCCUCGCCCACCUCAACUCCGCGUCAGUCAAGAAUCCCGUAAAAUCAAGAAGCCACCGCCGCAUCCUCAGCCGGUUCCCCCACCCGGCCGCCCUCCUCUCCCACCGGGCCCUUCCCAAUGGCCUCAACCCCUCAUAAUCUACGACAUCUCCCCCAAAGUCAUCCACGUCGCGGAGAACAACUUCAUGUCCGUCGUCCAACGCCUCACUGGACAAUCCUCCACUGCCGUAACCGAUGGCGACCUCUCCCCGGCGGCUAGACUGGCUACAAUCGAGAAAGCCAGUCCCCGAUCGGAAAGAGAAAGAGAAAUCAACGUGAGUGAUAUGAUGGAUUUGGCAGAGGUUUCGGUGGAAUUAGGGCAAAUCCCAGGAAUCUUAUCACCGGCUCCAGGAACUCUGGCUCCGAUUCCAACUGGGUAUUUCUCGCCGGCGAUUGAACCACAAAGCUUUUCUUAUUCAUUAUUUCAUGAAUUGAGUCCUCAUUGGCCCAGCCCUUCUGCUCUGUUCUCAACUCCUUUGAUUUCCCCAAUUUCUUCACCAAAUAUCUUCAACAAUCUCUUUGACUUUUAG